UCUCUCUCUCUCUCUCUCUGCUCCUACCCAACUCUCUCUGCUUACCCACCCCCAUCUUCUAGGGCUCAUUCUCGAUGCCACAAAGGGAUAGAAGAAACUGAACCAAACCAAAACCAAAGCCGAUUAUUUCGAGGCUUUGAAUUAUUUAUUAUUGUAUUGUUUAAUAGUUUUGGUUUGGAUUUGGAUUUUAGAUCGAGAUGAGUCCCAGUUCGGAUUUGGUCAACUUCGUUGAGUCGUUGAUCGGUGUCUCGCUCGGAAGUUCUGUGUCCGACUCUGUGCUUCUUAUUGUAACGACGUCGUUUGCUGUUAUUGUGGGGUUGUUGGUAUUGUCGUGGAAGAGAUCGUCGGAUCGGAGCAAAGAGCUGAAACCUGUGGUGAUUCCUAAGUCGCUUUCAGUGAAGGACGAGGAGGAUGAGGCUGAGCUUGCGGGUAGAAUUAAGGUUACUAUCUUUUAUGGGACUCAGACUGGAACAGCUGAGGGCUUUGCUAAGGCCUUAGCUGAGGAGAUCAAGGCAAGGUAUGAGAAAGCAGCUGUUAAAGUUGUUGACCUGGAUGAUUAUGCUAUGGAUGAUGAUCAAUAUGAAGAAAAAUUGAAGAAGGAAACGCUGGCAUUGUUCAUGGUUGCCACUUAUGGAGAUGGAGAGCCAACUGAUAAUGCUGCAAGAUUUUAUAAGUGGUUUACUGAGGAAAGUGAAAGGGGAGUUUGGCUUCAACAGCUCACUUAUGGUGUUUUUGGCUUGGGUAACCGUCAAUAUGAACAUUUUAACAAGAUAGCAAAGGUGCUUGAUGAACAACUCAGUGAACAAGGUGCAAAACGCCUCAUUCCUGUUGGACUUGGAGACGAUGAUCAAUGCAUUGAAGAUGAUUUUACUGCUUGGAGAGAAUUAUUAUGGCCUGAGUUAGACCAGUUACUCAGAGAUGAAGAUGAUGGGAAUGGUGGGUCUACUCCAUAUACAGCUGCAAUACCUGAAUACCGAGUGGUGAUUCAUGAUACCUCUGUUACAUAUUGUGAGGAUAAAUCGACAUACUUGGCAAAUGGGAAUACUUCAUUUGACAUUCACCACCCAUGCAGGGUUAAUGUUUCUGUCCAAAAGGAGCUCCACAAAUCUGAGUCAGACCGCUCUUGCAUACAUCUGGAGUUUGAUCUAUCAGGGACUGGUAUUAUAUAUGAAACUGGGGACCAUGUGGGUGUUUAUGCUGAAAAUAGUGAUGAAACUGUUGAAGCAGCAGGGAAGUUGUUAGGUCAACCCUUAGGUUUGCUAUUUUCUGUCCACACUGACAAGGAAGAUGGCACAUCACUUGGAAGCUCAUUGCCUCCUGCUUUCCCAGGGCCUUGCACCCUUCGAUCUGCUUUGGCACGUUAUGCAGAUCUGUUGAAUCCUCCUCGAAAGGCUUCUUUGAUUGCUUUGGCUGCUCAUGCCAGUGAACCCAGUGAGGCAGAAAGACUAAAAUUCCUUUCGUCACCGCAGGGGAAGGAUGAGUACUCCCAAUGGGUUGUUGCAAGUCAGAGAAGCCUUCUUGAGGUAAUGGCUGAGUUCCCAUCUGCAAGACCUCCACUGGGUGUAUUUUUUGCAGCAGUGGCUCCUCGCCUACAGCCUCGCUACUAUUCAAUCUCAUCCUCCCCAAGAUUUGCUUCCAAUAGAGUACAUGUCACAUGUGCUUUAGUUUAUGGUCCAACACCAUCCGGUAGAACUCACAAAGGGGUGUGCUCAACCUGGAUGAAGAAUGCAAUUCCUCUGGAGAAAAGUAGUGCCUGUAGCUGGGCACCGAUUUUCAUUAGGACAUCUAAUUUCAAGUUACCAUCUGAUCCUUCAAUUCCAAUCAUCAUGGUGGGACCUGGUACCGGAUUGGCACCCUUUAGAGGAUUUCUACAGGAAAGAAUGGCCCUGAAAGAGGAAGGUGCUCAGCUUGGUCCUGCACUGCUUUUCUUUGGAUGUAGAAAUCGUCGAAUGGAUUUCAUAUACGAGGAUGAGCUUAAUAAUUUUGUGGAGCAAGGUGUGAUUUCUGAGCUGAUUGUUGCAUUCUCUAGGGAGGGGCCACAAAAGGAGUAUGUUCAGCAUAAGAUGCUAGAAAAAGCAGCACAAAUAUGGAGCAUAAUUUCUCAGGGAGGAUAUCUUUAUGUGUGUGGCGAUGCCAAGGGUAUGGCUAGAGAUGUUCAUCGGACUUUGCAUACGAUUGUUCAGGAGCAGGGGAAUUUGGACUCGUCAAAGACGGAGUCUAUGGUUAAGAAACUCCAGAUGGAUGGACGAUAUUUGAGAGAUGUUUGGUGACAGCUAUACUUCUCACAUUCAAUCUUAUGGUUGUUUGCAGUGACAUUGAAGCAUAGUAUAGCAUUGGGUUUAUUCAUCUACUUUCUCAAGCGUCUUGACCACUCAUAUAUCUUCCAUCCUGGAGUUGUAGCAACGAUGGAAGCUGAAACUUUAUUUCCUUUAAAAACUGAAAUUAUGUAGUCUUGAUGCCUUUUCAUCCUCUUGAACUUUUCUUUUACAAAUACAUCUCCAAAAUGGAAAAAUUCAAACAGGCAGAGCGGGUAGGAAGUAGCAAAGUGGCAAUAGUCGCUCACAGGUGGCUUGUAUGUUGAUGUAGUCAAAUAUGGUAUUGCAGAAUAAAUUGAAGAUUAAAAUUGUUCUUGAGAAUGUGUUUGUGGUGCACUUGUACCUUUGUUUUAUGAUGGGUCAGAAAUUUUCAAGAAUGUAUAGAUUUUGAAGUGAAAUUAUUAGAUGGAUUCGAUUCAGUAUAAAUCAAGAUCAUAAAAAUAAUGGGUUGUAUGUAAUUUUUUCA